AUGGCCGAAAAUCCCAACGCCCGACCCAGUGACCCGGACGGACUGGUGCUCGAAGCCUGGGGUCAGGGUUUGAUGGUGGGAUCGCUGGUGGUCAUGGCGGCUGUGACGUUUUCCAACAUGAAGCCACGCAUUUUGCUGCAUAAGUUGAUUUUUGCCGAAUUAAUCCUCGCCAUGCCUCAUGGCACCUUCAUCUUCGCCAACCCCCCCACAUACGGCUGGUACCUCUCCGUCAGCGCCAUCGGGCUGAACAUCUCCUGGAGUCUGCACAACGUCAUCGCGUGGAUGAAGAACAAGCCGUUCUUGUCGACGCGCGUGUCCCGCUUUUACAUCGUUACUGUCAUUUUGGUCCAGCCGUACUGGGUCCUGGAGAUUUAUGCGAAUUUCGCGUUUUUUAAUAAUUUUAAUGAGGUGUUUUUGAAGACGAGGCCUUGGGAGCCGCUGUUUCGAGACCCCUGGUGGAUCUUCACCACCAUCUCCCUCUUCUACACCAUCAAGCGCGAAUACAACUUCGGCAUUCUGGAGCUCGUGUCCGUGAGUCCUCGCUUCGGCAUCAUGUUGGCGAGUAUGUGUCUCAGCAUCGCGUUUAUCGUUGUGGAUACGUGUGCUGUGUUGAAUGCGUUUGAAGGGUCGGGGCUUCCGACGGGGAUUGAACCGUUUUGGAAGCUCUCCUUCAUAUUCAAAUGUCUCUGCGACAUCGUCAUCCUGGACGAUUUCAAAACCGCUCUCGAUCGCAUGCGUACCUACUGGAUCCAGAAACGCGCUGAGUCAGGCGAGAUCUUCCUUGCUGAUUAUAAUACGGGGGAGAGGUCGGGGCCGUGGGCGGAUGAUAGGGAUGGGGGUAUGCGGGGGCCAGGUGGAGGAGGAGGAGGAGGAGGAGGAGGAGGAGGGGAUAAUGGGAAUAUUGGUGAUAGGGGUGGGGAGAGGGAUGGGGAUGGGGGCAGGAGGAGAAGGGAGAGAGGGGAGGGUCGAGGACAUUGUGACUGCGAUUGUGGGUGUCAUGCUAGGAGUGGGAGGAAUGGGGUGCGAGGGAAGUUUGGGGAUGGAGGCGAGGAUGGGGAGGAUCGGGUGCCGAGGGUUUAUCUGAGGGAGGAUGUGUCUGUUUGA